UAGAUGAAAAUGACGAUACUAUCCUUGGCUUGAAAAAACACAAGUCAUUCAUAGGAUACCUCUAUAUAUAGUUUUGAAACUCGUACGUUUAUAUAUGACCGAGGAACAAAAAACAUGAAAGAGGCAAAAAUCAGAAUUGCAUGGGCUUUGGUGAUCCUAUUGGUGCUUGGGCGGCCGAAUACACAGGUUGAAGGACAGCUUAGUCUUCCGUGCAUGAGGAUUAAUCUUCGCAUGAUAACUUGUUAUCUACACGUUAUAACUUGUCACCCUAAUUGUAGAAAAGCUCCAUGUAACGAUCAAUGCACACCUCCCCCAAUGUCGUGUUGUGUACAACUUGCGAGGAUAGGAAAAGGUAUAAACACUAAUGCUGAUGCAAAAAAUCUAUGUGACUGCAUACAAGAAACCGUGAUCGACAGACAAGGCACACCGUUUACUGGUGUCGGCCUCUCAGUUCUUCCCAAUGAAUGCAUGCUUGCAAUGAAACUUCCUCCGGUCAAAGCUGAUACCAACUGUAAAAAGUGGAAGAAAAAGAUGAUAGUACGUGUCUAGCUUUCCAUAUAUAAAUAUAUAAUGAGAAUUGAAGCUAGCAAUGAAAUCGCUAUAUAUGCUUUUAUGUAUAAUCUGAAACUUUGUCCAUUUAUACUAAAGGUUCAAACUUGCUACCUAGAAUGCAUCUUUAGCAAGUUUUAAUAAUAAGAAUAACAAAUUACCAUGCGAUUGAGUAUUAUUAACAUAUAUUUAGGUAAACAAC